GCUGUUGCGGCUCUCCGCUUCUGCUCGUGAUUCCUGCCAAUGCCCUUCCCCGCUUGUGUUGUUCCGUGUGCUGUCUCAAAAGUGUCGUGUUCCUUCGCCUAAGUGUUUUUAUAGAGUCGCGAAAUCAGUGCGUAGGUUUGUAGAGUUUUUUAAAGCUUUGUAAUGGCUGGAAAACGAGACCACUGCGACAUGGAAGCCCUGAAGAGGGUGCUGAACGGGUCGUGGGAUGGAAACGCCGUCCAGUUCUUGCAGAAGUACGAAAUCGAACGAACGGCCAUGUCAAACCCACUGCUACAAAGACUGGAAAUUUCAGACAAGUCCGUCAUCCUGGUCCAACGCUAUCAGUCUCGGAAGAUGUCCCGGUCCAAGUCGACAUCUUCAUCGUUAUUCAUCGACGACACAUCCGACAAUGAGUGUGAACUGGAACUCUCUGGAUGUCCUUUAGAGUGGCCAAUGGAACCGCAGAGCUUUUCACUUAUUGAAUCUCCGUCGUAUGAUGAUUCGAGCAAGAAUUCGGGAUCCCCCUGCAAAAACAAGUUGAAGGCUCUGCCUGCGGAUGAAGGAAGGACGCUCCUGAAUGCGAUAGUGAACAUGCUGCAGAGCUACAAGGCAGACAUUGACCCAGUGUGGGUGGUCUGCGAUGGCACUGAUCCUCAGUACACGGCGUAUCUGGGAUACUUUGUCGAAGGAGCCUUUGGAACAAAUGUCACAGUCUCCUGCCGGGGUCCAAUUGAAAACAAGGAAGACUUGCCAAGCUUUGGCUGCAUCCAGAGGAAACACUUCUGGGGAUUGCACCAGUCACACACUCACACGAUUACGCAAGUGGAUGCGAAGUACGACGUCUUGCGCCACUACGACCCCUCACAGCAAAGCAGCCGUGAGGACAUCAUGGUCCUUGAUUGCUCCUGGCAAAAGGCUGCUGUGCUACAGCAACCACCAAGUGCUGAUGCAGCCUGCCAUUUGAAUGUCCAAAUCUUGCCUGGAAAUGAGCGCAGUCCUGCACGAUCUGUGUUUAAAGAAAUGAGAUUUGUCAAGCAACUUGUCGAAUGCCUGACCUCGGGAGCAGUGGCGUGGGCACCAGAUCUUAAUGGGCCAACCCUCAUUGACAAGGUGAAAACGCUGCUGCAAGGCUCCCGGAAGGGCAGUUAUCGAGGAAAGUCGGAAACGCCAUUUGCAGACGUCGGCUGGAAUUCAUCGGACUUUGACCUGUACAUAGAGACAGUGGUCAUGAGCAAGCGGCAGCCCGUGGAUUUCACCGACGAGAUGUGGAAUGCUAUGUCAGGCUGUGGAACAUACCAGGAGCUCAGGGAAGGCUUCAGCAUGAUAUUUCGCGCUGUGCAAGCUGGGGAGAUCAAGCCAUUGAUCGUUCCCAAGAAUGGAACCAAGGUGGGUGCGUACCUGCGAAACAUGAGCCCGCAUUUCCGGCCGGAGUGCACCAUGGAGGGGCUGAUGCCGGUGCGCAUGCUGACUGAGAUCGGUCUCCAGAAACUCCAGCGAGACUUUGUCAAUAUUUUUGUUGGUCUGGAGCUGGCCAGUCAGGAGCAGCUGGUGCCUUUCCUUGUGUGCCCGACUCUUACGAACGAGGCCCUCGGCGAGCUGUGGAAGCUGCAAGCGGUCCUGGACAUGAUUAUGCUGUGCAAGACCUACCUGCACCUCCCCAUUCACUACCUGAGCGGGUAUACCAGGGAAGCCCUGAAAUACUUCAGUAACUGUGAACGUGGCAAGUACAUCCACAAGUUCAGGUUCCCCCUGAAGGUUCCCCUUGUUCGUGUGGUGCUAGAAAAUGUCUCCCCCAUGGAGUGGACUGCAUCCAUCAAGAGCCGACAGGGGACCCACACGGCCCACACCAUUGUGCACAUCAGCACCACAGCUCCUUUCGAUCACCUGCUCACUGAGAAGCAGUGCACGAUGCCCCACCACCUGAGGGACUCAGACUACUACUGCACCAUCAUUUCCAGCACACAAGACAAACUGAGAUUCUGAGACAACUGUCGUUCGGAUCAUUCCCAUGGUCCGAACAAGUUUGACGAUGACAGCGACUGUGAAAAGCUCUAUGGAGAUGGCAGCCUCAGUGCUAUGGCAGCCGCGCAGCUACUUCUCUGGAAGCUCCUCAAGCUCAUCAUUGACCAUUCCAAAAGCUUGGCACAGUUUUGGUAAAACCCGUGCCACCAGCCGCAACAGCCAGUGCUUGUGCAGUGGUAAACAGUGCAUUCCUUGUGCACUUCAGGCUUGCUAUAACUGCGAGGCACCUCACGCAGCCUUCUUCACUACAUUUAUAUUUGCUCAGAUUUCGUGCACCACUGACUGUUUGAGAAACGGUGCAGCAGUCCAGUAUUGUGGUUGCUAGACCUGUAUUUUCUAAUUGCUAACACGUUUUCUUACAUUACACUUUGCCUAAGUUUUAAAGAAGCCCUAAAACAACUGCUAAACUGAUUCUAAAAGACAAGGCGUGCAAACACGGAUACAAAAUGAAGUCAAGACACCACAAACUUGACUCCCACUCACUGGACUUGACUUCUUUUUUUUGGGUCUGUGUUGGCAUAUGCUCUCUCUCUUUAGAAUAAAAUACUUACCAGCAACUCACUCAGCUUUCUGAAAUUAUAAACUUUCGAACACAUUAAUAAUAUGUUUCCAAACUGUAGUCAGUUCCUCUGUGAACAUGCCUGCAGAAAAGAAUUUAAAGUUUUGUGUCAGAAAUUACCUAAAUUGCUUUCUCUCUCGCUUGUGAUGUCAUUACCAUGGGCGUGCGUAAGGUUCCCUAUCAGAAGGGGCAAACGUUCAUUGCAGCGAACAUUUGCCCCUGCCCUCUCCCCCAGGUAACUUAUCCCCUCCAUAUGCAUGCCUGUGGUCAUUACCAGAUAUGCACUGAGCUAGAGCAAGCAGACACAAAAGGUGAUGGCGUGUAUCUUGGUUUGGAAAAUAUUCUCAGGAACAGUACUGUUGCCAAUCUUCAGUUAAUCAAAACUAAGCAUGCCUUAGUUUAUAGAGACUGAGGGCAUAUUACCUACAGUGAAA